GCUUUUGUAAACAACUGGGCAUAAAUCACAAGCCGCUGAUCUCAAGGGCAUAGAAGACCGAUAACUUGCACUUAGGACAUACAGUUGUGCGCCCGAUUUCCAUCGCCAUUGUUGAGUCUCCCAGGUUGUAGCGGCCCCAGUUGAAGCGGUUGAUUGCACUGUCAUUUUAAAGCAUUGGCCGAAAAGUUUGGUAACAGAGAUUCAUAACCCGAAUACAGAUCAUUUGGCGUUAUCCCCCCUAAUAAGAUGUCUUCUCUAAGGCUACCACGGCCUUUACAACUGCUGGACCCAAGAUGCACAGACCUGCUGAGUUGGAAUAUACAGACGUGUGGUAAAUAUUCGUCGUCGAGGCCCAAGAAGAUGCUACAGAGUGUUAUGGUGCCAAAAUUGAAUAGGAUGGCCAUAAGGAAGCUGAACAACAGGUACAGCUGGAUGCUCAGGUUCGGAUCUACUCUCGUGGAACACAACCACUUGGGAAGCACUGAUAGUGCACGUCCUGCUGUGGUGACGAUGGAUUCGCUGCUGAACAAGAGCUCGAAAUCUAGAGAUGACAUUGACACGAUUGUGAAGCUGCUACCGACAACAGCGGACAAGGAAUUACAGAGAGAGGCACUUCUAUUGCUCCUACAGUACCAUCGAUAUGAGGCCGUCUUACAUCUCUUGGAGACGAAAACAAGAGAUGCACACGAGGACUCAUUACUAUGGCAGGCCUUGGUUCUAUCAAGCGACUAUGAAGCUUUAAAGUCGUAUGCCUCGCAGCUGGAUUUCAAAACCAGAAGACUGGCUCUCAGCAGAAGUGUCCAUUCGCUGCUCUCUCUGAAAAGGGUUAAGGGCUCUCUUCUGCUAUGGCUUAUAGUAUCAGAUAUCGAUUUCAAAUCGUUACAUUUGCUACACACCAGGAACUCUUCACAGCACAUGGCCGUACUAUACGGGAUCAUCUCUGCUGUGGAUGAUAUCGGCCAGAUAUGCUCGUUAGCAUCUCAGUUCCUACCAAAGGACCAGCAUGAGAACUUUUACAAAACUGUAUCAUUUGCGGUUUACAGACUGGAACAGUUUGACAAAUCUGUUCGCCUGUGGAAAGUUACACCAGAUGAGUAUAAGACGAGUACACAGCUUGUACAUACUAUAAAGGCAUUGUCAUAUACACAAAUGUAUGGAAAGGCCAUGCUGUUAUAUAAAGAUAACGAGCCAUUGCAUACCCCAAGGGUCCAAAGGGCAAUGAUACCCAUAGUUACGGGGUUGGACUAUAGGGAUGAGGCAUUUGCAAUAACAGAACAGUUAUUCAAAGAUGGAAUUAUGACUCCAUACAAGUCUCUAAGAGUCUUAGAGACCUUGUUGAAGGACAAACGGUUUGAGGAGUUUGAUAUUUUGUCGGAGGAUUAUGCCACUUACUACAAGAAGCCGACACCAAUGUUUUACAACGUGCUAAUGAAAAGAGAACUGGUCAAGAAAGACGCACCGAAGUUCUUUGAACACGUGAACAAGAUAUACUCGUCUGGGCUAAAGCCGUCAGGUAAGACUUUUACUCUUCUGCUAGAACAGAUGGCCAAGAAGGGAAGCAUCACAACUGCGAUGUCGUUGUUUGAUAUGCUUUCUAGACGUGAAAAAGGAUUGAACAUUCAACAUGCCACACUGAUACUCAAAGCCAUGAAGAAUGCAGAUGAUAUCGAUACUUUGCCUAAGGUUCUAUCCACCAUGAGGAAACUACAGAUCGAGCCAAACGAUAAAUUCAGAUAUGCGCUGAUGGAGUUACAUUACCGAUUCAACAACUACUCAGAGGUUCAGAAGCUAUUCUACGAAGAAUCAAACCACAACCCAGACCAAAAGAUGCAUUUGCUACUGAUGAAAACAUAUCUAAGAUUGGGUGAUCUCACAGCUGCAAAGGCAACCUUGGAAGCAACGAAGAAGCUGUUCAAAUCCCCACCAAAGGUACUGUACUCAGAGCUAGAGUAUUACUGUUCUGAGGGAGAUUUCGAUAGUGCUUUGAAGGUGCUGAAUGAUAUGAACACUCGUGGCUAUAAGAUUACCAAUAAGCACUACGCAACAUUGAUGCAUGGUUACAACUCUCACAAACAGUUUGAGAACACCCUCACAGUUUUCAACAUGAUUUCCAGAAACCGUGUUGUACUAAGCUCAUAUACCUACCAUGAGUUACUUGUUGCGCUUAUACGGCUAGAUAUAAUCAACAACAAGAAUCUCCAGCGUCCAACACAGGUUGUUGACAAUUUGAUGGAGGCGUUGAGACAGAAGAAGCUGCCUAUCGACCAGAUGUUGCACUUCAAGGCUAUCAAACCGCUUGUGAGUGCAUUCUUGAAACAUUACAGACCAGCCGAAGCGAAUAGACUGAUGCAGAAUUUCAAGGUCUUGAGACCUGAUUUUGAUGUUGAUUAUAACCUGAACUUUAUGAAGGAAGAGCUGAAACUAUAUGCGUUGGAGAAGGAUUGGAAGUCAUUUGAAAUUGUAUUGCACAAUUUCCAACAACGGGUCAAGAAUACCAUGAAUGAAACUGCAUCGGCCCCAAAGCACAUGAAGAAGAUUUACAACUCUGUCAUCAAAUCUAUCUACUGUUACUACUCCCAUGUUGGUGAUAUCAAGAGGUUCUACCUAUUGUUCAAAGACUUAAUCUUUGUCAACAACUUCACCUUUGAUUCCAAGCAUCUAAACUGGGUUGUACGUCGCUUCAUCAGACAAGAGCAAACAUUACACUACGGUUUGUACCUAAUUGAGAAGAAGCUGAUUGGUGGUGAAAUAUCAAGACGUAUAUUACGCUCAAUCAACAAACGGAGAGCAGAGCAGAACCUUUUGUUGCUGGUGGCAUCGUCCAAAGGCCCGUACAAGAGACCGUACUUGAGGACGGGUUACUUAUAUCGUCAAGAAUUGGUCAACAUGCUUUAUGCCUACAUCAUCAACACAAGACUUGGCUCCAAACGCUCUGGAAGGGAUAAGCUUGAUGGAUGGUCCGAUCCUUAUCUGUUCCUAAGAGAGAAGUAUCCAAAGCUUAUCAAGAACCUACCAGAGCUACGCUCAAAGCUAUCCGGUGGUCAUAAGAGACGUUGAAGGCGUGAUCCCUUGUCAUUUGAAUUGUUCUUGCUGAGAUUCACUUGGGACGUGGACAAACACCAUGUACAUAGAACACCUCAUACCACUUUUGUCGCCCUGUCCUGAUUAGUUGAAGCCUGAUGAAUACAUUUCUUUUGAAUUAUAUAGAAACAUAUACUACUAAUAUCGUCACGCUUGCUA